AUGGCUUCAGGGACUGAGCACAGGCAGCAGGGAUGGGGUGAGCUGGCAGAAGCCUCGGGACAGUCAGGACGUGAUGGUUACCCGGGGCCUCUUGGUUUGGAUGGCAAACCAGGACCUCCAGGACCAAAAGGGGAAAAGGGUGAAGCAGGGGACAUCGGCCCGAGGAUGGUGUUUCCUCACCUCAGUCAUGGAUUUCUGGCUAAUGAUCAGCUUGUCUUUAGCCGGCGAGUGCUCAAGGGUGAUCAAGGUCGAGAUGGAGCCACUGGUCCUCCUGGUCCACCAGGACCCCCAGGGGCCAGGGGGCCUCCUGGUGACACGGGAAAAGAUGGCCCAAGAGGAUCUCCAGGCCUCCCUGGUCUCAAAGGCGAGCCAGGAGAGGAAGGCCUUGUGGGUGCCAGGGGACCUCCGGGACCAAAGGGUGAGCCUGGUGUCCAAGGGAAAAAGGGUGAUGAUGGGAUCCCUGGGGAACCAGGACUGAUGGGCCCUAAGGGAGAAAAAGGAAGUGUGGGUCCCAAGGGAGAGAACGGCACAGAUGGCUUGCCAGGUCCCAAGGGUGAGCCUGGUGAGAAGGGAGGAGCUGGCUCCAUCGGACCCCGGGGUCCCCCUGGCCUCAAAGGGGAGCAGGGUGACACCGUAGUGAUAGACUAUGAUGGCCGAAUCCUGGAUGCUCUUAAGGGUUCGCCAGGUCCCCCAGGGCCACCAGGCCCUCAAGGCGCUCCGGGUCCAAAGGGAGAGCUGGGCUUGCCGGGCCCGCCGGGGCUGGAUGGUGAGAAGGGUCCCAAAGGAGCAAAGGGUGACCAGGGCAGCGUGGGCAUCACGGGAAAGAAAGGAGAGACAGGAGAAAUGGGCUUAGCGGGUCCACCGGGAGCAGAAGGACCAAAAGGAGACAAAGGGGACACCGGGUCACCGUGUUUGCAGAACAAUCAUAUCAUACCUGAGCCUGGACCGCCUGGAUUACCUGGCCCUAUGGGUCCUCCAGGAAUCCAGGGGCCUAAAGGCUUGGAUGGUGCAAAGGGAGAGAAAGGUGACAGUGGGGAGAAGGGCGACCAUGGCCACACUGGACCCGCUGGUCUCCCCGGUGCUCCAGGGCUCAUUGGUUUACCCGGUACCAAAGGAGAGAAGGGAAAGCCGGGGGAGCCAGGAUUGGAUGGUUUCCCAGGUCUCAGAGGAGAGAAAGGAGAGCGAAGUGAAAGAGGCGAGAAGGGGGAGCGAGGAAUUCCAGGCAGGAAAGGAGCCAAAGGGCAGAAGGGGGAACCAGGGCCCCCCGGACUGGAUCAGCCUUGCCCCGUGGCAGAUCGCAGCAUUGCAGGCUGCACAAGGGAUCCAGGUUUACCAGGCCUGGAUGGGGUGAGCGUGCCCUGCCCUUUGGUACAGUAUCUGCUCUCUUUCCUCUUCUUGCAUGGCUUGUGUGUGUUUCUGCUGUGGCCAAGCCCUGUUCCAGUGAAUCCCUCCAGGGAGAGGAAGGGACAUAAGGCAGCGGGGCUGGAACAAGAUGUUUCACUUGGGCAUUCACAGGGAAGGAUGCUGAUGUGUUGUGCCUUCUUCCUCCUAGUUAAAAUUGCCUUAGAUAAGGAAUAUAGGCAAUGGGAGAUCACGUUAGAGGAUGUUUGCCCUUUAUGAUAAGUGCGUUCUGCUUUCCCUCAGCACCUGUGGCCCAGUUUGGUUGCCUUGUGCCUGUGCUGCUGGAAGUCUGAUUCCCAGCUAGGUUUUGGAAAGCUUUCCUGACAUGAAUGGCUAAUUCUGCAGAGAACAGGUCACUGCUCUAGCAUUAAAGGGCAUUUGUGGUGUCAGCAUGCACCUCAGGUUGAAGGGCAGUGGUUACGCAGGGAAGUUCGUGCGCUGCUCCCCAAGAGAGCCUCUGCACAACGAGUUAGAAGAGGUCAUUGUUUUAGUUUCAUUUUAUUGACCAUGGAAAAUGCUGCAUGUUCGAUGAUUUGCAGUUGCCUUCAGAGAAACAAAAGGGCAGUAAGCUGUCUCUCUUUCAAGAAGUUAAAGUACUUUCAUAUGUGUCAAAGAAACCAAUUACUAGCAGCAGGCCCGC